AGACCCGCCCUUUUUAGUAUUUUCUCCCGCAGAAAUAUAGCAUUUCUAAAGCAAGCAAUCAUUCGAUUCGGAAGUGCGUUGUCUCACUAAGGACAGAAAUUUGUUGAAAAAUGGGCAAGAGAAAGUCCAAGGCAAAGCCUGCAGCUAAGAAGCGCAUGGACAAGCUUGAUACUGUUUUUUGUUGCCCCUUUUGCAACCAUGGGAGCAGCGUUGAAUGCCGAAUUGACAUGAAGAACUUGAUUGGAGAGGCUAUCUGUAGCAUUUGCCAAGAGAAUUUCAGCACAACCAUCACAGCUUUGACUGAACCGAUUGACGUAUACAGCGAAUGGAUAGAUGAAUGUGAGCGGGUCAACACUGUUGAUGAUGAUGGUGCUUAGGAAAGAAGAUGGGGGAUGUUUCAUUCAGUCUUGUUGUUGUAAAGGAAAGAGAGGGCUGGAGAGUUCUGUGCCCUUGAAUCCAAUAAAGUAUUAUCGAGCUUUAUUCGUUUGGUGGCUGUAACAUAGUAGAGUUUUGAACCUAUGUAUGUACAUUUUUCAGUUUGUUUUAUAAGUUGGUAUAUAUAUAGAUAUAUAUGUAUUCUAACAUACUCUGAAUGUCCGAAGCUAUGAGAAUAGGCUUGCUGUAUAAUUUACCUAUUGGUGGUGGUUCUUUCAACUA